AUGGGAAGGACACGAUGGUCGAAUCAGAAAGUAGCAAUUAUUGGGGGUAUGGUUCAUUGUAUACUUCAAGGGGUUCUUGUUCCGCUCCUCAUAGAUUUCCUCGCUUCUCUGCGCCUAAAGAAGGGUAGAUGGCCGUUCAAACUAUACGUUGCAUUUGUCAAUGCACUCGUAUUGGGGCAAACAAUCGUUCAGUUAUAUGACAUCGUGGACUCUUUCGACUCGGAAUCACGUGUAUCUCGUCCAGCCGUUUUGGUAUUGACUCCCGUUCUAAAUGUGACAAUAAGUGCAUCGGUUCAACUCUUCUUUAUAUUCCGCUGUUGGAAAAUUUACACGCAACGUGUGGUGUUCGUAUUGCCACUUUUGGCGCUAUGGUUCACUGCAUUGAUUCCGGGGUUGUUGCUGGGGUAUUAUAUGGUUGAGUCUGUGAAGCGCGACCUGCUUCAGCCUGCCUCAAUUGCGUUGGGAAUAUGGACAUUUUCAUCACUCACGCUAGAAUUAUGCGUAACAACUAGUAGUCUCGUCAGGUACAACAAUGUGUUUAAAACCAUCUGGCAAGUGACUUGGGUAUCGGCGGCUUUACCACCAAUCCUUGUGAUCAUUGCAGUAAUCAACGGGUAUAUUGUACACAACAUCAGGCACCCUAUAACUGUAGUCACAGUGGAUAUGACGGGGAAAGCUUAUGCUCUUUCGCUGAUGAUCACUAUUGUAGGGAGGGGACACAUCCGUGCUCAGCUAGAGAAAUCAAACGCCAGAAGUGAACUGGCACCGGUUCUGACGAGGGCAAAUGACACACCAACAGCAGCUCUGGCUCACACAGAGUCAAAUAGUGUGGAACUACGUGCCCUCAAGACUCUGCAUCUAUCAGGUCUAAGCAAAUCGCAAGUGCUUCAGAAUGCACUUGUAUUCACCAAAUCCAGCUCCCAAAAUAACUUAGCCAAUCAGCAAUACGAAUAUUUACCCUACACAACGCCGUCCAAACCCGAAUAA